CUAGCGGCCUAGCGGGUGGCGAAAGGGUUGAGUCGCGGACGGGACGCGGAGCGGAGUCGCGGUCGGUAGGCGUAGCAGUAGCAGACAGCGGCCCAGGCUCACUAAUUUAUCGUUUCAUGCCUAGUCAUCGGCUUCUUCAACCAUGAGUUCUCCCCAAAUAAUUCGUGUCAAAACAGAGGAGGACGUCAUCACGAGUCUGUGCAACUUAAUCCAAGAUGUGGCGAAUAAAGCCAUUGAAACGGAAGAUGUGUUCAAGAUUGGAUUGUCAGGAGGCUCAUUGAUCAAUUUUCUGGCUUUGGGACUCCCAAAAAUAACAACUGAUUGGAGUAAAUGGCGUUUGUUCUUCUGCGAUGAACGUGUUGUACCUUCUGAAAGUCCCGAUUCAACCUUUGGAGCUUACCGUAAAUCCCUCAUUGGCAAAAUUCCUUUGUCAGAGAGUCAGUUCAUUCAAAUUGAUCCUCACUUAGCAGCUGAAGAUGCAGCUAGAGAUUAUAUCCGGAAGAUGGCGCCAUUUUUCGCACCUGACAGCUUGCCUCGAUUUGAUGCUCUUCUUCUUGGCAUGGGACCUGACGGCCACACCUGCUCCUUGUUCCCUGGCCAUCGCUUGCUUGAUGAAACCUCUGUUUGGAUUGCCCCCAUCACCAAUUCUCCAAAACCACCUCCAAGUCGAAUCACACUCACUUUCCCAAUAAUUAACAAUGCUGAGAACUGCAUAUUUGCUAUUGCGGGCCAAGGCAAAGCAGACAUGGUCAAGAGGAUACUGAAGGAUAAAGAGGAUCUCCCAUCAUACCGAGUAAAGCCUACUGAUGGAAAACUAUAUUGGAUUUUAGAUGAGGGUGCUGCAUCUCUGCUGUAAAGAACAUCUAACUUCAAGGUCAACAUUUGAUAAUGCUUGUAGGUUGCAACAAGCACAACCUCUUUUGAAGGGGUGGACUGUAGUUUUGAGAAGUUAAGUUUGUGACUGUGUAAGUAAAAGCUUUGAAAACUGUUGGUUUUGCAAAGAACUGGCUGAAUAUUUGAAAUAGGUCUUACCUCAUCUUUGUCAACCCUUUGUCAGAGAUCUUGAUUUCCAUGUUUUAUCCUUCUUUCUUAUUCUUAUUUUCCGCUACAUAUUUGAUACUUUGGUCACUGAUUUUGGUUGCCUAUGGUUAAUUUUUAGCAGUGGCUCAUGCUCAUGCUUCAUUUGUGCUCUGAGCACUUAUGUUUAGUGACUUUAAAGACAUUUUUUAGAAAGUGGAAGUGAUGAAGGAAUUUGUAAUGAGUGUGUUCAAAACUUCAACUAUUGAACAUUUACAUCCUCUCAGUUUCUGAAUUCUUAUUCUGUGACAAGCUGACUGGCUGUUUUUUUCCUCUUAGCUUGAAAUAAGUUUCCAUCUCUUCAACAAUUUUUUUUUUACUAUUUUGUUUGAAAAGAAAGCAAGUUUUUUUUACAAUAUUUCUUUUUUCAAGGCAUGAUGUUGGAACCAUUUAAGCAACAGAAAAUCAUAAGUUAUGUUGUGUAAGUUUUCACAGGUUCAAUUGAAUAGCUUCAGCGGUAUGUCUACUUAUUAUUUAUGUAAAUUAUUUUUUAAUUAGUCAGGAUAAGAGAUUGUGAUCGGGAAGCUUUAGUUAUUCAAUUAUAUCUGUAUGUUCCUGGUGAUUUUUUAAUACAUAGACGUUCUCCACUUAUUGGUGUGUAAGAUGAACUGUCAUGUACCCAACCAUAGCUCUCAAAACUAUUCUUGACUUUCAUGGUUUGAGUCUUUUGAUCAAUUGGAUUGAUUGUUUUGCACACCAAUUGAAUUGGAAACAGUCCUAUUUGCCCAUCUUUAUUAAUUGACUGAUGUAGGUAAUGCAUUGUUCUGUUGCAGCAUCUUUUUUUUUAUUUUUAGUCUGAGAUUUUCCUAAUGUGAAUGAUGCUGAUGCAGAUGCAGGAUUGUUAUUCUUUAUAUUUUUAACAUCUCAAAAUUAAGUAGUAUUUUUUUGUUAACCAAUCUCUAAACAAGCAUUCCUUUUUGUAAUGUAUUUCAAUGUGUAGGGCAAUGUGACCAUUUCAUGAGAAGCUAUUGAUAUGCUGUAAGAUAAAGGUAACUUGCAAAUAUUUCAGCCUCUUGUAGCAUUGGUGACUAUGGUACUAUUCUAAAUUCAAGUGAGCUAUGAAUUUUGAAAUGUUAUGCUUGUGAUACCUUGUUGGACCAUUUAUUUUAUAGAAACCUUGAAUUUUUAAGUAAUCUCAUGACCCUUGCACCAUGAGCUCGCUAUGCACUAAAUUUGUCUCAACAUUGUUGUUCAUGUGAUUAUAGCCACCCCCUGACUUAGUCAAUUAGAAAGGCAGUUAAACCAAGUGGGGUUUUUUACUUCACUGUUGAGACAUAUUAUUAUUACCUGUUAAAAAAGCCUGCGGCCAAAAUGCCAUUUUUCAGGUUUAAAUCAAUUAUAUCGGAAUGGCAAAGCCAUUGGAUAUGUUAAAUAUAUUUUCCUUUUAUUAGCGCUUUUAUAUUUUUGAUAUUCUUCUCUUUAUUAUUGUCUUUAUUGUUGUCUAUCUUAAUCUAUUAUUUCAAGUGAACAAGAAUUGUAGUUUUAAAUGGUGAGGAAAAGGAAAGUUUCCCCAUUACGUUAUGAAGUCAUUCAAAUUUUCUUAAGAGCUCAAAUGUGAAAAUUCCUUGCAAAUCUAUAGAGUUACAGAAUUUAAAUUAUCUGCUGAUGAAAGGCUUUUUUUUUUUGGUUUCAUUCUUCAUACUCCCUUAAUCAGCCUUACCUUUAUUCUUCUACACAUGAGACUUGGGCACAAGGACACCCUUGUCUCAUGAUCUAGCUAUGUCGUUAUAAAUCUGUGUCUGUAAAUUUAUUAAAAUACUCUUUAUGUGUAAA